UGCGCGUGCGCAAUAUGUAAACUAUCCACCCGGCCACUAUCAGUCGAUCAGAGAGUGGAAGAUGGGGGUAAAUCGAGUCUGUGGGGCUAGAUCGAUCACCGAAAAACUCGAUUGAAGGAAUUCAACGGAUUGUGUUAAAAUAGUACAAAACAACACCAUAACAAGCGUUUGGAGCGGGGAAUUCAGCGAUCAUCAAGAGGUAUUUUCAAUGAUGGACUUUCCCUGGCACAGUGGAAAGGUUUUGGAACAGCUCAACCACCAACGCCAGCUGGGACUGCUGUGUGACUGUACCUUCGUGGUGGACGGGGUGGACUUCAAGGCCCACAAGGCCGUGCUCGCUGCCUGCAGUGCCUACUUCCACACCCUCUUUCUGGACCAGAAGGAUGUGGUGCACCUGGACAUCAGCAAUGCAGCAGGUCUGGGCCAAGUCCUUGAGUUCAUGUACACGGCCAAGCUGAGUCUGAGUUCUCAGAAUUUAGAAGAUGUGGUGGCAGUGGCCACGUUCCUUCAGAUGCAGGAGAUAGUCAAUGCCUGCUCUGCUUACCAGUCGCUGGCUGUCUCCACAACAUCCCAGUCAAUACAAGACUUAAAUGACAACAAGAUUGAGGAAGGAGAGCAGAACAUAGAGAAGGAGCCAUCAGAGACAUGGUCACAUGACGAGGAGAUGCUAAAAACAGCAGAUGACGGAGGGUCAAAGGGCGUUCAGGAGGACCCGAAAGAGACCACCCCAGACGAUGGACAGAUCAACAGUAAGACCCCCGACAAACCCAACCCACAGACCCCGGGGAGAGGAAGACCCUCCAAAACCUCCAACUACGCCGCACCAAGAAAAACCACAGCAGAGAGAGAGGAGAUGGAGGUGGAGAGCCCUACUAAAGAUGUGCCUGAGUGUCAAGAUGACCACUCGGAUGCGGACUACACUCCCAAGUUUCCAUUCAAGUCUGAAGCCGGUAUAUCUAACAUGAGUACCAGGAGAAGAAGGACAAGGAGAGCUCCUCAUCGCAACCACUCUCAGGAUAAUGACUCCGAUGAGGGGAACAGCGCAUCAAAGACGGUAAAUGAAGAAAAAGAGGUUGAAGAGGGUGAGAUUGAGGAGGAUGAAGAAGAGGGAGGUGGUGAGGAGGAUGAAGAAGAGGAGGAGGAUGAGGGAGAAGAUGACCAGGGGACGGAGAGCGGAGAGGAGAGGAAGCAGCUAGAGUUGGGUGCCGUCACCGACCGCACCGAGUCACGGUCCUACGGCUCUGUGACGCACAAGUGUGAGGACUGUGGAAAGAAGUUCACCCACACGGGUAACUUCAAAAGACACAUCCGCAUUCACACAGGAGAGAAACCUUUCAGCUGCCGUGACUGCCACAAGGCCUUCUCAGAUCCGGCUGCCUGCAAGGCUCACGAGAGAACACACAGCCCCCUGAAACCCUACUGCUGCUCCUCGUGUGGGAAGAGCUACCGGCAGAUCAGCCUGCUCAACCUGCACCGGAAAAGGCACACAGGCAAGGCCCGAUACAGCUGCAAGGACUGUGGCAAGCUCUUCACCACGUCUGGCAACCUGAAGCGCCACAUUCUGGUGCACAGCGGCGAGAAGCCGUAUCACUGCAACUACUGCGACCGGGCCUUCUCCGACCCCACCGCUAAGAUGCGCCACCUGGAGACCCACGACGCAGACAAGGGCCACAGCUGUCCACACUGCGAUAAGCGGUUCAACCAGACUGGGAAUCUGAAGGCUCACCUGAAGAUACACAUCACAGACGGCCCUCUGAAGUGCAAAGAGUGUGGCAAACAGUUCACCACUUCCGGGAACCUGAAGAGACACCUGCGCGUGCACAGUGGGGAGAAGCCCUAUAUCUGUAUGCACUGCCAGAGAGCUUUCGCUGACCCAGGGGCACUGCAGAGACACGAGCGCAUACACACAGGGGAGAAGCCAUGUCUGUGCCGGAUCUGUGGGAAGGGGUUCACCCAGGCCAGUUCACUCAUUGCUCAUGUCCGCCAGCACACCGGAGAGAAGCCCUAUGUCUGCGACCGCUGUGGCAAAAGGUUUGUCCAGUCCAGUCAGCUGGCCAAUCACAUCCGUCACCAUGAUAACAUCCGGCCACACAAGUGUCACAACUGCAAAAAGGCGUUUGUCAACGUCGGGGACCUCUCCAAGCAUAUCAUCAUUCACACAGGAGAGAAGCCCUUCCUGUGUGACAAGUGCGGUCGCGGGUUCAAUCGUGUCGACAAUCUACGCUCCCACGUCAAGACCGUCCACCAGGGUAAGGCUGGGAUGAAGCGCCUGGUGGUUGCCGGGGGUGACAGUGAUGACGGGGGUGACGGGUUCCAUGGUGGGUCGGCCUCGGAGAUGGACGAAAAUGAGAUCAACAUAGUCACUGUCACCACCGAGGACAUCGUCACCCUGGCGACGGAGGCCCUGGCUGGCAGCACUGUGUCCCAGCUGACAGUGGUGCCUGUGGCUACAUCAGUGUCAGUAGAUGAGACGGAGGCUCUGAAAGCUGUGAUUGCGAAGGCUGUGGAGAAGGUGCAGGAAGCAGACCCCAACACUCAGAUCCUGUAUGCAUGCGACUCUUGCGGUGACAAGUUCCUGGACGCCAGCUCACUGGCCCAACAUGUGCGAAUCCACACCGCCCAGGCCCUGGUCAUGUUCCAAGCUGACUCUGACUUCUACCAUCAGUACACCGCAGCUGCCACCACUGUGGGGGAAGAUGUUACCACAACCUGGCAACCCACUUCCGAGCAGGUUAUCCAGGGAGGGGAGCUCGUCUUCCACACCCGAGAGGUUGAGGCGGAAGGGGAUGAGGUGACUCAAGAGGAGGGAGGAGAGGUGGUGGCCCAAGCUGACCCCCAGCCAGAGGAGGAAGAUGAGGCUGUGACAGAAGAAGGACAAGGAGAAGAGAUGGAGUGUGGAAUGUGCAGUGAUGUGGCACUCAAGAAUAAAAAUAAAAUGCAAAGCAGUCAAGUUCUUACUGGGGUCUGACAAUACCUCAUAUGAAGCUGCCAGUCUCUGGUUCUCUCUGAGUCUCUGCAUCAGUGACAUGAACAUCUGUGUCCAAAGUUUGGGAAGAAACGGUUUGGCUUGUUUUUUUGGACAUUGUAUAAAGUUAAAUUAUAUAUAUAUAAAAAAAGAAGCAAAACACAUUGCUAUAGGCCUAUCUGUGUUUUACCAUUACCUUGAAAAUAAAUGUGUUUAGAGUUAAA